GCCAGCCCCUCAAGAAAUGCAUGAGCCAAAGCCAGCCAGGAGAGGAAAAGACAUGAGCUGAGCUCAGAGAGCUGGAAGGAGGAAAUGCCACAGAUGUGCCUGGAGCAUGGCCCUCCCCAGCAGCUUUUCUUACAGUUCAGUGUUCCAAAAGCUAAAAGGUGAUGCUCAGGACUUUGGGAUCUGGCUUGUAACUGCAGAGGGGAUGAGCUCCCUUACUGGAACUCAGGCACUGGAGUGCCACAAGCCUGCAGCCAGAUUGCUUCUCCUUCAGCUUAAAUUCAAUGAGUAUUUUUGGUUUUGUGGUUUUUGGGUAUUUUUCCUUGUUUUUUUUUUAAGUAUUCUUGGAUAUGCUACAAUUGCAAGAAGAGAACAGAAAUGGGCUGGAGCAACACUGGAACAAUAAUUGCUAUUUUACUCUCCCUCUUUUCCUUUUAAAAAUAUAUGUAGAUAAAAUGAACUUUUAAACGCUGUGUGUUGAGACAAACACUCUUUUUUUCCUUUCUUUGGUCGAAAUAUGCAAGUCCUGAGACCCUGGGCCAAUGCUCCCUGCAUUUUAUUUAUGUUUUUACAAUUAAACAAGAGGGUGAUAAGAUUGACAAGGAAGAAACAACUCAGGAGCUCGCUGGGCAGCAGCCUCCAAACUCUCUGGGUGAUGCAGAGAGCAGUAGGGUGUGAAGCCUGCUUUCCAGUGUGAGAAUAAUCCAUAAUAACCUGUUCACUGACAUCAAAGUCACUUCUUAGAGGCCGCUUGUUAUUUCCCGAGGUGCAGGAUCUGGAGUGUUUGACAGAGCCUGUGCCGCUCCCGCCGGCUCCAGCAGGGCUGGAAGCUCCAUGGAGCAGCUCAGCGCCCGCUCCGCGCUCGGCCCUCCGAGCCCGGCACGGAGCGGGGCUCUGGACACAUCCCCGCGGUGGGGCAGAGCCGCUGCUCGGGGCCGGGGAUCCUUUAUCCCCCUGCUGCCGCUGCCAGGGGCUGAGGGCACAGUCCUGGUUCCGAGGCUGGAGCCCUGCUGCUUUACCUCUCGUUCUCUUGCCAUGGUUUGUGUUAUAAUAAAUCCAAGUAAUUCCCCUCAGUCGCGUCUCUCAUACCGGUGACUGGUGAGUGAUCUCUCCCUGGCCUUUUCCCGAUCCUCGAGCCUUUCCUGCUGUGUUCUGUUGCCGGCCCAGGGGCAGCAGGAGAGUCACAGAGCGCGUUUGCUGGCCCCGGGCACCUGGCCAGGCCCAGCCCAGCCCAAGAAUCCCUGCGAGAAUUCACUGUUGAGACCUCCAGAAGCGGCAUCCCCGGGGCUGCAGUUCUUCACCAGCUCCAGCAGAGCGGGGUUCUUUUUCUUAGAACGGUUUUGUUCGGAGAAAGGAGCGAUUUGACUUCUCUCCUACUCCCCUCUCUUCCUCGCCCCCCGCUGCUUUUCCCGCACGCUGAUUGCUCAAAAGGGCCAGAAUCCCUCCCGCUCCAGACAUUUUCUCUCUCCUGUUGCGCCGUGCCCGCUGUAUCUGGCCAGGAGCGGAGCAGCGGCGGCGCCCGGAGCCCGGAGAAGAGCGGCGGAGCUCGGAGGCGGCUCCAGCCCAGGGUGCCAUCAGUGCCGGGGUAAAGCUGUUCCCGAGGCCGAGCUCCCAAAGGCUUUGCCAGCACUCCUGAUGUCUCCGCACCAAGGAGAUGAUUGUUCCAGGCAGAGAGAUGCCGGCUCUGAGCAGGAGAGUGAAUUAUGCUCCAUUCCCAGAGCUGAAAAUGAGCCCCAGCAUCUCCAGGAGGGACCAACAGCCGGGGUUCCACACUUGCAUGGGUCACAAGAAGCCUCUUGGCAUAAGCAGGGGGAUGCCCCUUGUGAGCGUGCAGUGAGUGCAGAUUUGGAGAAUGGGUUCUGCACCAGGGAUGGGAGUGUGAAGGAGCCCCUGGGUCCUCAGGGCACAUCAGCAACCAACAAUAAACACAAAAGGAAGCUAAGAAGAUUGCUGGGUGAAUGGUUCAGGUCCCAUCCCGUGGGCACGGCGGGGCUGAUUCUGCUGCUCCUGGUGCUCGUGCUGGCUUUGGGGGUGGCCUUGGCUGUGCAGUCAGCAGCACCACAGGUUCCAGUUACACCUGAGACUCCACAGUGUGUUCUGGGCUGUCCCCAUGGCUGGCUUGGGCACAAUGGGGUCUGCUACUACUUCUCAAGGGAUUACAGCACCUGGGAGCAGGCUCAGGAACGCUGCUCCCAGCUCAAUGCCUCCCUGGCCAUUGCCAAGGAUGAGGAGGCCAUGGAUUUGCUCUUCCGCCUCCGCGGGAACGGCGAUUUCUGGCUCGGGCUGCGCAGACGGGGCGAGCGCCUGCAGUGGGAGGACGGCAGCAGCUACAGCUCCCGGGUUCCUGUCCUCGGCAAUUCCGACUGUGUGUACCUGGCUGACAGGAAAAGAUUCAGGAGUGAGUUCUGCUCCACUGAGCGGCCGUAUGUCUGCAGCAAGGCCCAAGCUCCCCUGUAACAGGGGCUGCAGAAAGGACCUUCUCCACGCUGGGCAGUGCCAGCUUCACCUCUGAGCCCAGCACCGGGCUGCCCUUCCUCAGCUGCACCCUGUGCCUUGCACUUCCUCUCAGGGUCACCUCAGUGCCUCUUCAUCCCCAGUGCCAGCGCUGGGCUGGGGCUGCAAAGGAAAAGUCUCUGCAAUCCAUCCUGCCACCGAUGCUGCCUGGAGUGAGGGCAUUGUACUUCUUAUAUUUGAGAAACACAGCUCAUUAUUUAAAAUUUGAUAAAAUAGCAAGCAUCACAGCGCAGGGAUAAAAUCCUGCAAUGUGAUGCUUGGCUAUUUGCGUAUAAUUAGCUAAACUAUGUUCUUCAAAUACUGUUUCAUUAUAGGGCUACAUACAUACUGAUAGAGUUUAUACAUAUUCAAACAUACAUAUUCAAACAUUCAAAGAGCUUAUACAUAAACAAAGAUUGCUUUAAUAUGUUCUUUUUUUUUGUUUUAACCUUUGACUUGUCUUCAUGCCAUCUUCUCAGUUAAACUAAUACAUUUUAGUUUUCCUUGUGGUUCUGUCUUCUUUUAUUUUCUUUCC